GUUCCCCAAUUUCUAGAAUGGAUGAAUCUAUGAACACAAACAUUACUGAACCAGGCUUCAGGAAUGGGAGCAGUAGCUGUGAAGAAGACGAUGAAGAAAGAAAGGACUUGAUACCUUCCUCCUUAUCGCCCCCCAAGGACAAAUACAAUAUGAUAUACAUUAUUAUGUUUAUCCUCUCUCUUGGUGUCCUCUUCCCCUAUCAAAGUUAUGUGGCAGGGCUAGACUACUUCACUUAUCUUUAUCCCAGUUAUAAACCUGAGCUAGCACUACCACUGAGCAACAUUAUAGCUGCACUUCUUUCAAUCACAGUUUCCAUUGGGAUCAUCAAUUAUCUAUCAAUUUCAUUCCGACUAAACAUUGGCUAUGUUUUUUUCAUAAUCUGUUUAUCAACAGUCCUGUUAUUGGAUAUCGGUAUAAAUAACUGCACGAUUAGUACUGAGACUGGUUUCGCAUUAACAUUGCUCUCUGCGUUAUUUUCAGGAUUUGGUGGAGGAAUUCAACAGAGCACUUUAUAUGGCUUAAGUGGAAUGCUCCCGGAGAGAUUCACUCAGUGCCUCAUGUUUGGAGAGGCUGCUGCUGGAUCCAUUGUGGCAAUAAAUAGAAUAAUAACUAAAGCAUCGUCAGGAUCAGAAAGAACAGGGACUCUUAUUUUCUUUAGUAUUUCAUUAUUUUUCAUUAUCGCCUGUGUCGGACUUCAAUUUGUGCUGCGGAAGUCGCCAUUUGUGAAGUAUUAUUUCGCACAAAAUACAUCAAAAGAGAACAAGAGGUUUGAAUUAAACUGUAGAUCUAUAAAGAACUGCCAGUGCUUGAAGAGAAGAGACUCUGUUGACACUAUUCAACUAACACAGAUUGGAGAGAAACAGGAAGAAGAGGAGGAAGAUACAACUUCAAAAUAUGAAUUUAAGAAUCAAUUUAAGAAUCAUUUAAUCGAUGGUUUGGUGUUCAGGUACAGAAUACUAAAGAAAAUAUGGCAGCCAUUCAUUAGUGUGUUUCUAAUAUUCUUUGUAACACUCCUAGUGUUUCCAAGCAUAACAUCAGACGUACAGUAUUGUAAAAUUGGAGACUGGCCAAUUGUCAUUCACACAUCCCUUUUUAAUUUUGCUGAUACUAUUGCAAGAGCUUUAUGUCUCUUACCUUAUCGAGUUAGUCCAAAGUCAUUGCUAAUAAUAUCAAUC